AUGUCGACAACAAAGGUUCUGCAAUUGAGAAGCGAUCUGUUGCCUUUCGGAAUGGAGGAUUUUGAAGAUAAGGUGUUUGACUACCUCUGUGACAGCCGGGACCUACUCUCCGUGGACAAGUUUAAAAAGAUCCUGAGCGAGACUGGUUUACGGAACUCUGAUCCGCGGUUGAAGGAGACGAUGGACAACUUCCAUGACAUCGAGAUGAAACAACUGCACGAUGAACACGAACUCAGGGGGUAUAUCACCAGGGACACGUUUAAGGAGUGUGUGACGGACAACAUCACGCUGAUAUCAAAGGCCCUAAAGAACCAGUUCAUUAUUCCAGAGUGGACGCCAUUCUGCGAAAACAUUAGGGAAAUGUUCACAGACUGUAAAACAAACAAUGCCGGCAAGCCGGCCACCUAUAUCCCUCAACUGGCACGUGUAAACCCCGCCUACUGGGGCUGUUCCGUGUGCACUAUUGACGGACAGAGGUUUUCACUCGGCGACACGCAGGUGCCGUUUAGCCUACAGUCAAUUGUGAAGCCCCUCUCGUAUGCCCUCGUGCUAAACGAUCUGACACCAGAAGUAGUCCACAAGUACGUGGGCCAGGAGCCCAGCGGAAAGUCCUUCAAUGAGCUUACACUCGACUACCAAAAUAAACCACACAAUCCGAUGAUCAACUCAGGAGCGAUUGUUGUGUCUUCCCUCUUGAAGAAGGAACUCAACAUUGCGGACAGGUUUGACUACACAAUGGAGCAGCUUAAGCGUCUUACCGGAGGGGAACACGUGUCAUUCAACAACUCCGUCUACCUUUCCGAGCGCGCCACAGCAGACCGCAACUUUGCGCUUGGCUAUUACAUGAGAGAAAACAAGUGUUUCCCAGAUGACGUGGACCUACACGAGGUUUUAGAGUUCUACUUUCAGCUGUGUUCCAUUGAAACAACGUGCGAGUCUGGCGCUGUGAUUGCAGCCACGCUGGCUAACGGUGGAAUCUGCCCCAUGACUGGUGAAAAAGUGUUGUGCGCGGAGGCCGUCCGGAAUACCCUCUCUCUCAUGCACUCAUGCGGGAUGUACGACUACUCUGGACAGUUCGCUUUUACUGUAGGUUUACCAGCAAAGUCUGGAGUGGCAGGAGGAGUGAUGCUGGUGGUUCCAAAUGUUAUGGGUAUCUUCCUGUACGCCCCACCCCUCGACAAAUGGGGCAACAGUUGCAAGGGCGUACAGUUCUGCAAGAACCUGGUGUCGAAGUUCAACUUUCACAACUACGACAACCUGAAGUUCACCCAGCGGAAGAUUGAUCCACGGGGUCGCGCCACUGAAUCGAAAGCCCAGGAUGUAGUAAACCUCCUAUUCAGCGCAUACAACGGCGACGUCACAGCCAUGCGAAGGUACUCAUUACUGGGUAUGGACAUGUCACUGGCGGACUAUGACGGACGGACAGCGCUCCACUUGGCGGCCGCAGAAGGCCACUUGACGAUAGUGAAGUUUCUGCUUGAGAAAUGUGACGUAUCGCCGUUCUUGGAAGACAGAUGGAAGUGUACUCCUUUUGACGACGCAAAGAAAUUUGGACACACAGAAACGGCUGAGAUCCUGGGAAAGGCGAUGACGUCAGAUCCAGAUAAAGAUACGUCAAAGAUGACGUCAGUUUUCAGAAGUCUGCAUUCAGACUGA